AUGUAUCUCAAGCGCGACCACUUCAUUGGCGCUCUGCUUUCACUGGCCUGGCUGCCAGCGAGCUGCGCCAAGUUUCCUCUACUCUUUCCGGCCGCAUCCGUGUACCAGGUGACCUCCUCGCUAUCCGUGCCCGUGGUUAUACCCGGUCGCAAGCUCUUCUGGGACUGGGGCCUGCAGAUGAACUAUGCGUUUCCCAGUAAGCCCGCCUCGUUCUACGCGGCCACCAUCUGGCCGGAUGAGUUCUCGCGGCGUGGCAGGCGCCAGCUGCGCAAUGAGACCGGCAAGUACAUGCCCCAGGGACAGGCCGCCACGGACAUGCAUCCCAGCGACUUUACGGCCGGGGAGCUGUACGAGAGCCUGGAGAGCAUGCUCGCGCGCUACGGCUUCGAUGAGUCCUGCCUGCUGCGCAGUGUCUGUGAGCUGGCCCGCCAUCCCUUCGACGACGCGCACCAGAAUAUGCUGACGGGACUGCUGACCUUUACACUGACGCCAUCGCUGCACGAGGCCUUUGCAGCCAGCGAGACGCUCUAUCGCGAGGUGUACGAGCAAGCGGAGCAGCAGGGAUUUCUGGGUCGGGAUUGUGCCCGUCUGUAUCCCAAUUGCUCGGUGGACUUUCUGAGCGGCAUCAGCAGACUGCUAAGCUAG